AUGUCCGUUCUGGCGCGCGCUUCCCGCACCUCCGCGGUGUUUCGCACUGCAUGCUCUCGCCUUGCCUCGCCGGCGAUUGCAUGGGGGCGAUUACUGUCUGCUGGCGCAUCCCCUGCUUCCGCCUCCCCAUCUUCCGCCCCUUCCGCCGAUGCCUCCGCAGCUCUCGCGGGUGAUUAUGGCGCAGGUCGCGUGCCAGGCGAAGCCGCGGCGUCGAGUGGGAGAGUCGCAUCGCCGAGCGUUGAUGGCGAAGAGGUGGCGAAGUUUGAGGCUCUCGCCAGCCAAUGGUGGGAUCGCAGGGGACCUCACGCUCCCCUACAUGCCAUGUCAGCUGCCCGCGUGGCGUUCGUGCGUGAUGCCAUGUGUCGGCACUUUGGUCUGAAUGCAGAUUCUGCCCGACCGCUGGAAGGGCUGAGAGUGCUUGACGUGGGUUGUGGGGGCGGGCUUCUUUGUGAGCCGCUGGCUCGACUGGGAGCUACAGUGACAGGCGUUGAUGUGACACGUGUCAACACACAAGUGGCUGCUGCUCACGCUGCAAGGGAUCCUAUCACCCGUUCCAUAUCCUACAAGUGCAUCUCUGCAGAGGAGCUUGCAGCACAGGGGGCUACUUUUGAUGCCGUGCUCUCAUUGGAGGUGAGCGUGCUUUUCCUCUCCACCAUCAACCGCACCGCUCGCUCCUUUGCCCUCGCCAUCGCUGCUGCAGAGUACCUCCUCUCUAUAGUCCCGCGGGGCACGCAUGAUUGGAACAAGUUCAUCACCCCUCUGGAGCUGGCCCUCAUGCUGCGACGAGCCCACUUCCAGCUGGCAGAGACACGUGGCAUGGUGUUCGACCCAGUCAGCAACAGGUGGAGCCUCUCUAAAGAUGACGUGGCAGUCAAUUACAUUGCCAUGGCAACUCGUGUGGAGGAGUAG